AGUACACUUUCAACUUGGAGUGUUUCAUUAUUUAUAGAAAAGUCUGUUUAAAUAUAUUUGCUGUUCAUGGAUAUAAACGUUCUAAUCGUUCAUAUUUUAUGUCAAUAAUAAAUGGCAGAAAUAAGGAGUGUAGUUCAAAAUUUGAUUAGGAUCAAGGCUUUGAAUCUAGAUAAUAGGAUUUUAUCCAGUUGUGGAGAAAAUUGUUUCUAUGCGCUGUGUUGAGAGCCACUUACCUGGGCCACUUCUUGACAUUAACCUUUCUGAUAUAAAUUCACCACAGCUUGGCUGUUGCACAGUGCUCUGAGUCACAGUUUUACUGUCAAUUAAAUGAUUCAACUCCUACUGGCCUUCAAAUUAUAGCACAUUGUCCCAUUGUAUUUCUGUCUAAAUUAUACUCUACCCCCCUUUUCUAUUGAAUUUAUCCCUCCUGCAAAGCUGAAAGUGUGAUGCUGGCACUGUGUGCUACACAUUUGAAACCUUGUUUGUGGUGCUGUAUUAAUUUUACAAGUUUGCUCUCAUCACAUUACAGAAUCAUUCUGCAGGUUGUUAUCUUUCAAGUGCUUGUGGGUACACUUCAUGUGGUUAUGCCACUUUUCAAAAAUAGGUAAAAUUUUAAACCUAACCUUUUUUUAAGCAUUUGACUUUGAUUGACCUAGCAUCUAAAGUAGCAUUUCAAAUACAGUAAAUAUCCAGAUAAUUAUCCACUUUGCUGACUGCAUUGCCAAGCUCAACCAUUACUCCCUGUUACUAUCAGAAAAAAAGUAUUUUUCUUUAACAAACUAACAUUGGUCCUAAAAUGAUUAUUGCGUGACUGCUGUUUUUAGACUACAUUUACAUUAUUCAGAUGUCUUAAACUUAGCAAAACUUGUAAAUGCAUAGCAAUGAAAACCACUAGCAUAUUUAACCUCCUGAGGUUGACCAUCACCACUUUCUGAAGGUUAAGCACCUAAUUUCCUAGACAUUUGAUUAAAAAUUAAAAAAAAAAUGUUUGCUUUAGGCCAUAGCUUUGUAUGUUUUCUUCCUGACGUGCUACAAGACGAGCCAAAGUUCGCAUCAUUUCUGUAUCAUACUGAGCCAGUCAUGACCUAAUCAACUGAGCAGUAGACACCACUGUAUUAUUUUCACAAAUGGGUCAGAAGAUUUGCUUUAACUUCCGUCCUCUUCAGUUAUAUGUGGCUAGUGUAAUUACAGAGACUCAAAGAUCUGUCAAGAUGUUAAGAGAGGUUGAUUUGUCUUCAUUCUGCCUGACAACAGGAAGUACACAUUUUUUUCUGACACAGGAUGUGGUUUCAGACAUGCAAGUGUAAGAGGAAGAGAGGAGGGCUAGGAGAGAGUGCACAUUAUCUUUUUGGUCUUUUCUUUAAAAAGUGGGACCAGGUGCUUCUAAGAUUUAUGGUCCGAUUUUUUUAAUGUAAUACUCUUAUAGUUACUGCGGUUUCUUUUCAUAAACACAUUUGGAGAUGCUAUGAGAGAGGAAAAGAUGGAACUUGAAGAGGCGGAGGUUGAUACAUCACCUUCCUGGUCUCCUGUAUCUAGAGACAGGCUCCUCACAUGCGCCAACCUGUCAGAAAUCACAGGGAAAAAAAGAAAACAAGACCCAAGUAGUGAUGCUGAGCAUUCAGCCCGAAUCUUGGAGGACUGUGAAGACGAUGACUUUCCCAUCAGUGACCACAUACAAGAUUCUGAGGGUCCAUGUAACAAAAGAGUCAAACCAGUAGAUAAAAGUGCUUCAGUCACUGGUAUCAUAACACAGGUGAAGACCCCAGCACUGAAACGCUUGGGCCAGUCCAUACAGCGUUCUAUCAGUUUCCGGACAGAGGCCCGGCCGUUGCCCCCAAUGCCAAUCAGAACACGUCAGAAGGCCUCUUCAUUUCCACGCCGGCGGAACAGCCAGCUGUGGAGUGAUACAGUCGACAGUCUGAGCCACGAGCUCAGCACCAAAGAGAUCAAGAGACAAGAGGUAAUCUAUGAGUUAACCCAGGGCGAGAAACAGCUCAUUGAGGAUCUAAGUCUAGUGAAAAAGGUGUAUUAUGAACCAAUGCUGAAAUUAGACAUCAUGACAGAAAGCGAGCUGGGACAGAUAUUUGGAACCCUUGAUUCUUUAAUACCCCUUCAUGAAGAUCUUUUAGCUCGUCUUGAAGGUCUUCGUGGAGCAGAGAAGACCGUGCAAGAGGUCGGCCCGACCAUGAUGGACUGGUUUCCAUGUCUGGAGGCAUAUAUCACCUACUGCUGUAACCAGGUUGGGGCAAAAGCUCUGCUCGAUCAAAAGAAGCAGGACAAACGGGUCGAGCAUUUCCUGCGGCUGUGCCAAGAGUCGUCCUUCAGCAGAAAGCUAGACCUGUGGAACUUUUUAGACUUGCCUCGCAGCAGGCUGGUGAAAUAUCCUCUGCUGUUAAAAGAGAUUCAGAAGAGCACUCCGCCUGAGCAUCCGGAUGAGGAAGCGCUGCCACAUGCGAUGGAACUAAUCCAAAGGAUUAUAACAGAAGUCAAUCUUAAAACUGGAGAGGCUGAGUGUCAGUUUUACAGACGGGGGCUGUGCUACUCAGAAGACAGCCAGAGGGUUUCAGAAAUCCAGGCCUCUCGUUUUUUAUACUGCCAUGGUGAACUGAAGAGUACUAAAGGACAGGAGCUGCAUGUGUUCCUCUUUGAGCUGGUAUUGGUUUUGACCCGACCGAUGGCCCAGGAUAGGGAAGGACCAGUCCAGUUCCAGGUAUAUCGUCAGCCCCUCCCUGCUGCUCACCUCCAUCUGGAGGACCUACCUGAUGGAGAGCCAAGCAGCUCUGGAUCCUUUCGUGGGGCUUUCACGGGCAAUGACAAAGUGAAGAACUGUUUUCGCGUGAGUGCCACAGGGCGCUCCAAGCCUCAAUCCCACAGCCUGCAGGCUAAUGACUCCUUCAAUAAGCAGCAAUGGAUUUCAUGUCUGCGCCAAGCAAUGGUCCAGUCACGGGACAGACAGGCUCAAGGCAGCCACUGCAAACCGUCCGAGCGUUUAAGCCCUGAGCCUGCACUCUAUAACAACAUCGCUGAACUCAACCUUAACUCUGAUGUGGAGAUGCCAGACACAUAGACCAGGGCCACCGGUGCUUUCCAGUUGAAUGGUUCAUUCACAGACACAGAGUUUCACUGUUAUUGUGACUGUGACAGCCGACUUUCUCAGGACAACACACAGUUGGUGUCUUACACCCUGUCUAGAAACUGUGAGAAUAAUGUCAUGUAGCUAUAUUUGUAUACUUCACAUGUGGAUGUUUGUUGGUGUCAGAUGUCUCAUAAGGAGAAUAUUUCCUAUUAGAUUUAUGCUUCGUGCUUAACCUUUUUUUUGUUUGUUUUGGUUUGUUUUUUGACAUUGAGAAUACUGUGUGAUGUUUGUUGAAUAUAUGUUCUAGGCAAUGGGCCUUGGGAACCAUUUCUCAGUUCCUCAUUCUUUUAAAUUGCUCACCAUUUCUGUUUCAUAUAGUUAAUAAACAACAACAUUUGUGCAAUCUGAACGGUAACUAAUCUUAGAUGAGUCCAGGAUUUUUGUCACUGCAUUUUGGUAGCAUCAGGGCUAACAGUUCUGCAAGUCUUUCACUGAUAUAACCUGAGUAUAGCUUAAAUGCUUAUUUUCUCUUGAUAUAAAUCAACUGUAUUUAUGUUUUACCUUGAAAUGUCCGUUUUAAAAAUCAUUCUGAUGGUGCGGUGAAUAACAUGGCGAGCGGCUUCUUUCCAACACUCCCCUCAUAUCUCUGUUGUAGAAGUGUGUAAUUUUAGAGAGCGGGUAUGAAAUUUUGGAUAAAAAGGCAGAUAGCUUUACUGCAGCAAUAAAUGCACUCCACUGUUAUUAUGACUCAUUUAACUAUAGGGGGCCCCAAAGUCUCAAAAAUACAUACAGCUAUACACAGUGGCUUUAUAGAUAUUCUGUGCCACUUAUAUGCCAGAAGGUAUCCGUUCCCAUUUUCAUUUCAGUGCAUAAUCGUUCCCGUUUUGUUUUCAAUAAACUGACAACUUCCAUAAAAGUGGA